AGACAAAAUGGCGGACGAGGUAGACUUUUCAAGGAAGGGAUAAUUAUUGCAUCGUUUUCUCUUAUUUAGUGACCUUUUAUGAUGCCCUCAUUCGGCCAAAUUGUAAUUGGUCCUCCAGGUUCCGGUAAAAGUACAUUUUGUGCUGGAAUGUGCGAGUUCUUGACCAGCCUAGGGCGAAAAGUUGCAGUAAUAAACUUGGAUCCUGCGAACGAAAUAUUGUACUACAAAUGUUCUGUGGAUAUUUCGACUCUUAUAACACUGGACGAUGUCAUGGAAAAUCUUAAACUGGGCCCCAACGGUGGACUUAUAUACUGUAUUGAAUAUCUUGAGAAGAAUAUUGACUGGUUGGAGUCUAAGCUAAAAGAACUGAAGGGACAUUACUUUCUAUUUGAUUGCCCUGGUCAAGUGGAACUUUAUACUCAUCAUCAGUCGGUAAGAAAUGUGGUCAGACAGUUGGAAAAGUGGGACUUUAGGGUAAGUGGAGGAAAUUGUAUUUUUUUUUAAAUUUUGCCCUACUACUUUACGAGGAGGACAUUGGGGGGCACCCAAUACCAGAGAUGCCAACCUCUGAAGGAUAGGAUAGGAUAGGGUAGGAUAGGACAGGGUAGGAUAGGAUAGCUGCUCUAUUAUCAACAGAGCGCCCACACAGACACAUGUGUUUACAACGAUAAGAAAGAUUUUAGUGCAAUAAUUACAGAGGUGUACAUUUGUGACCUUAGGGUAAGUGAAGGAAAUUGUAUUUUUUUAAUUUGCCUUCCCACUUUAUGAGGAUCUGGAGACUCUCUCUUUUGUACCCCCGCAGAAAAUGUGCCUGAUGUGUUUAACAUCUUUUAAGAAAUGUCACUAUACUACUACUUGUCCCCUUCCCCUCAGAAACUCGGGACUGUAGUCUUACAAUCCUCAGAAAUUUUUACUUUUCUUCUACUUCCCCUUAUUAAAUCUGGAAUUCAGUUCUAAAAAUUUGAGAAAUUUAUCCUUCAUAAAAUUUCUUCACUGGGGGUGGGAGGGGAGAGGGUGGGGUAGGCAUGGAAUUACAAACUUAGGCAUGGGUCAAUUAAUGCUCAACCUAAUAAAUUAUUAAGGUUGGCUGUAGGGAAACUGAGAAAUUUGUAUAACAUAGGAGAGAUAAUUUUCAAAAAUGUGUAAAGCAGUAUAAAACUUGCCACUACACAUCAUGAAAUGACAAAGAAAACAACAUAGCCCUCUGAGUACUAAUUAAGGGUAAGGAUGUAAGAACUUUAAGCCAAACUACCUGUAAACAAAAUAAUACAUCUGAUAAUAAGGCUUUUCCUGGGAUAAAGGCCCCCUCAAAGUGUAUGAAAUGAAUUCAAUUUAUUAUGACACUUACAAGCUUAAUUAAAACUCAUUAAAUGCAAAAGGAUAUUUUUCCAGUAUGCCCCUACAGGGGUCCAUAUUCAUUUUUUCUCAGAGUCGUCAGUCGGGCAAGUAACCGUGAUGGCAUACUUGCCUGGUUACAAUUUGGGUUGUCCGGACAAAAGUCCAGAGUUAUAUAAAAGAAUGGUGAAAAAGUUGUGUGCAACCUGAACAUUUAUUGAUUAGCAUUUUAUUUCCUUUAUAGUUACUAAGAAAGGGUUUUUUCUAAACUUUAAGUACAACAGGCUACAAGCCUAGGCUAAACAUGGUUUAUUUAAGUUUUACAAGUAGCCACGUUUGGUCAGCUUACCAUGAAGGCAAGACCAUGCGCUUACAUUUUUCCCCAUUUAAGGCAGUGGCUCCUGCGUCACCUUUUUUCCCUUGAAGGCAGCAAAACUUCUUCUAAAAAACAUCUGAUCUUAAUGCGUAUAAGUCACCAGCUUCUGCCUCACUUUUUUUCCCCAAAGAAACGCCUUCUAAAAAAAUGCCUUAUCUUGAUGAGUGCUGUCACGUUUUCUAUGAAUGGCCUCUGAAUGCAGUAAUUCACAAAAAAAGCUGAGCCUGCGAUCGUUUCACAGAUAAUACUGCACCAUCAAAGAUGGUGCCGAAACUUCAAUAUAUUUCAUUGCAGACUAAAGCUGCUUGUUAUUCUCCAAUAUUCUAAAAGUUUUUGAAGUAAUCAGAACACAGGGAAAAUUUAUAAAGUUGUAUAAGAAUUUUUGCAUCGUUUUGAAAAGAUUUUGUGGUUGAGCAAAAACCUCACUCUUUUGAAGGGCUACUUUUGAAGUUAUCUUAAUCAUCCGUACGAGAUUGUAGUCUUCUGGGAUGACUGGACGACUGGGAAUAUGGAUCUCUACCCUCUGUUUAUAAUCACUCUAAACCUCAGGACCCAGUUGUUCGCAGGCCGAUUAGUGCUAACCCAGGGUUAAAUUUUAAUCUGGGUUCCUUUUUCUUUUGUUCCAAAGCAUUUUCCAGGAUAAAUUUCUCAAUUAUUUUUAUAGCAUUCAGUUAACAAAUUAUAUGUAAAAAGAAUUAAACUGAAUGUUCUUUUGAAGCUUUCAUAUCUGAAUUCAGUUUUUGGACUAACCCUGGGUUAUCUUAACCCAGCUUUGAAUAACCGGCCCAGAUGUAUAAACUUAGGACUUAGAAGCAGCAGUUUUCAUUUUGCAGUGAUGGCUACAUGCUGCUGUUCUAUUAUUAGUGUUUUUUUUUCUUUCAGCUAGCAGCAGUUCAUCUUGUUGAUGCACAUCACUGUAGUGAUCCUACAAAGUUUAUUUCUGUGCUCCUGACUUCACUGUCCACUAUGAUUCAUAUUGAACUGCCUCACGUCAAUGUCCUCUCCAAGAUUGACUUGGUGGAGCAGUAUGGAAAGCUAGGUAAAAUAAUUUUCCACUUUCAGUAAAUAUAAUUUAGGUGAUGUGCGCCAUGAUCCUUCACUUUGUACUUGCAUGGGGGAGUCACAGAAAAGAAUGAUUAAUAACAGUCAAUUGUUGUAUCUUAAAAUGAAAUUCCGGUUUGAUUGUUUUGACCAUAUUUGAAUUGCAGUUUCCUUUGUCUGCUAAUCCUAAUUAUAACUCGUUUUUACGAAUAAUGAUGGUUUGGGGCACAAAGGAAAUGGACAGCAUUAUCCACAAUGAUAUUUCUUAAAUGUCUCCAAAUUAAUUAAAUUUAAGCUUUGUUUAUUAAAACACAACAGCUUUACCCCAGGGUUGGUGUGUGGUCUGUCUAGGGUAUUGUGUGCAGGUGCUUUACUUGUUUACAGCAUGGUGUCCUAUUUUAAGUCAUUCUGUGUUUGUUUCUUGCUACUGGGCAGUACUUCCAGCUGAUUUUACCCCUUGCCUGCCCAUCCCUCUUGGCAUGUCAAUUAUGUGGUAUUUAAAGACCUUAGUUUCCACUGUUUAAUUCAGUACAGACAACCUUGCCUGGUCAUGGUUGCUGCUCACAGAGUUAUUGUGGAUAGCCUGCAAGCUCCUGCGCCUUUGAUUCAGUUGAGUUUGGCUCUCAGCUACCCCUUCCUUUCUUAGGCAGGCUACGUUCCCCAAGUCUAUCUUAGUUGUUUAAUGUAAUAACGAAAUGAAAAUAACCAAAAAUAAAUUUUAAUAUUAAGUACUAUGGUUGGGAGUGAUAGGAAAUUUAGAAUCAAAGGUUUAAACCAUUAUGUUAAUCUGAAUUUCGUUUUGAAAUAGAAUGUGAAUAUCAAAGAUCACUUUCAACACUGCCUUAAAUACUUAAUAAGCAGUAAUUUUGUUCUUUAAAAUAAGAAUAUGCCUUUUAUUAACAUGCUUAAGGUUAUAAUUUAUAGUACUCAGUUUCACAUUCACUACAACCACUUAAUAAAAGCGUUGAAAACGCAUUUUUUUUUAUGGAGUUAGCCUUCCUUUAAUUUUUCUAAAGUGAAUUUAUAUUCAUAAACUCCAGAAAAGGCAAGAUCAGUUGUCAACCCUUCAUUUAGUUUAUUUUCGAAUUUCAGCUGGUACAACUGUAUCUUCCCGCCAUUAUACACUGUAUAUGGAUAAUUAUUGUUUUAUUUAGGUCAAGGCUAAUCCUAUGUUAAUGUACAGUGUAUCAUUGGUUCUUGUAUUCAUGAGCAAUAAUUUUCAGCACAAAAAACGGAUCGUUAUACGUUUCUGGGAAACUGCCCACCUACCCCUCCCUUAAGCCAACAUUUUGCCCUAAGUGAGAAGUAAGCAUUAAGGUUGGCUUAGGGGAUGGGUAUGUGGGCAGCUUCCCAGGAAAAAAGUAUAAUCAUCCCAAAAAAGAACCUCUCUCCUUCACAGAGGCUAAAAAUAGCAACGACACAAAGAGGCCUCUGUGGAUGAGAGGGAAAAAAGGACUAUAAUAAUUGAUUAUUGGGAAUGGUAAUGGGAAAUUUUAAAAGUAAAAUUUUGUUUAACAUCCCCUGGUGUCAAUCACACUGCCCUUCAAAAGUCUUGUGUUUGUUUUUUGGCUUUCAGUAAAUAUACUUUCUAAAUAUCCUUAAAACUCCAAGAAAGCAAUACCAACUCAGUAAAAGUUCUGGCUCUUGAAACACAGUGAUUUCUUAUCAGCAUGGUACUAGUAUAUUCUCUGACUCGUCUCCUUGUGUUUUCUGUUGUAGUAAUAAGGAGAAUUUGUUUAAUAAUCAGGACAUGUCAUCUUUGAUAAUCAUUUCCUUUUUUUGUGGCCUUUAUGUUUAAUUAAACAGUAAAAUACAAGGCUCAGGAGUGUUGAGACUUAAUUGUACAAGUUACUCUCAAACCAUUCCCAUUCACUCCCUUUUACUAAUAUAAUUUGCUUUCAAUCAUUCCCAUUUCAGUCUUUGACGUCUUGCCUCUUAUAGUAUUAAUGUGUUUCUAUUUUUUUUUUGUAGCAUUUAACCUGGACUUUUACACGGACGUUCUAGACUUAAAUUUUCUCUUGGAGCACAUCAAGGAUGAUCCUUUUUCACAGAAAUACAAAAAGCUAAAUGAGGCUUUAGUCAGCUUAGUGGAAGAUUAUGGCCUCGUGUCUUUUAAAACACUGGAUGUUCAAGUAAGGAAGACUUUCACCUUAAUAAUCCUUGUUAUAAAGAAGGAGUGAUUGGCAAAAAAUAAAUAAAUAAAUAACCAACAACAACAACAACAACAACAACAAAAACAAACAAAAAAGAGGAGAGGCUUCCUUCUUGCUAUUUGAGCAUUUGCUAAUUUAUAUGAGUGUAGUUUUCAAUAUAUUGACUGUCCAACUAAUCAUUGGUGCGUCACUAUUCAGUUCGGCAGUUAGUCCAUAGAUAUAUAAUGCUUGGAAAAUUACUGUGGAAAAAAAAUUACACUUAAGGAUGCAUUAUGGCUGAGCGCGGUCAUCAGGGCUUCUCCUUUAUUCGCCCAUCUUUGCACAGUCGCAACCCAGCGCUCCUGGGUUCAAGUUAUGCUCUGACUACUGCCUGGAUUUAUUUCUCGGUUGUCCGGAAUUCAUAUUCUCGGCCAUGCUUGCUUUUAAAUAGCCGACUGGUUGACCCCUGUACGUUGGGUUUUUUUAAUCUUGUUGUAUGUUUUAUUUGGAUUUUUUUGUUUUUGAUUAUUAGAGUGGAUUGCCUGUAAAUAAGGUUAAUUGCACUGUACUUCCAUUGUAAGAAAAAUCUUUCCCUUUACCUUGUCACUGUUGUCACUUCUUAGUGAUAGCAGGUUGAGUCAUAACAUACCAUAAUGCUCUUUGUUUGUCACCCCAAAAUUCUGCAUAAGAAUUGUUUCUCUUGGGGCCAUUUUAACUCCCAAGAGAAACUGAAGACAAUGUUUAUGCAAAAUUUUGGGAUGACAAACAAAGAGCAUUGUUGUAUGUUAUGGUAUUGUUUUUCUGCAGUGGUCAAUUAUGAACCCCGUUUAAUAUUUUGUACGAAUAGUAUCGCAUUUAUUCAAAGAUGCUAGGCGCAUUGACGUUAUUUGUAACAUUAUUAUGGCCUGCUGUCAAAUGAGGUGACAAGCCUUUCAUGCUAAAACGUCAACAACAACAACAACAACGUUUAUUUCUCUCACAUAAAUACAUAAGAUAGUACUGACCUGCAAAGUAGCAGGAACACUAAUCGAUAAAAAAAUUAGUUUGACACUAGUUUCCGUUGCUCGUGUCAUUACCUUAGUCCAAGGAAAGUAUGUAUCAAGUGAUGAAGUCCAUUGAUCAAGCCAAUGGAUAUGUAUAUGGUGGAGUUGAAGAAGACAACAGAGGAAACUUUAGUCAACUGAUGUCAUCAGCUGUUGGAACGGAUUUUGAAUUCUUCAGGUUAGUGGAGGGCGAGGAA